AUGGCGACAUUUGACAGUAAAAAAUUGCAACUUGCGAUUUUAAGUGAUGAGUCUAUAAAUAUGAAACUUUUGAUACAUGAGCAACGUCAUCCUCCAAGUGGUACCAUUGAGUUCGAAGAAAUUUAUGAAGAUUCUGAUGAUGAGGAGGAGGAAGAUGAGCCUCAUCUAGUUGGUCUUCAUCCAUACGGAGAGCCACCAUUCAUGCAUGAUUUAGAUAUUGAUGCUAUGAAUGUUUCUGAGUUUCCAGAGUAUACAAAUUUAGGUUCGGUUGUGAAAUUAGAUGCUGCACAAGCUUAUCGCAAUGAGGAAUUGAUUCCUAAUGUCGAUGGGACACAUUUAUAUGGCAAAUAUAAAGGAGUUUUGCUAGUUGCUGUUGCACAAGAUGAAAAUCAAAAUAUAUUGCAAAUUGCAUUUGUUGUUGUUGAGGAUGAUGUUGGCCUGAUUUCUGAUCCUUACCACGAGUCAAUUAUAGUAGCAAUAAGAAGAAGUAAUGGCCAGUGGAAACUUCUAAAAGCAUUCCACAUGUAUUGUAUCAGGCACAUAGUUGCAAAUUUCUUGCGAAGAUUCAAGGUUCCCAACUUGCAUAAACUUGUUGUUCAUAUGGGUUACUCAAGAACGGAGCAUGAAUUUAAUAUUCAUUAUGAACGAAUACAGGAGCGUGGACAAAUUUAUACAAACUGGCUUAAUGAAAUACCACGAGAAAAGUGGGUUUUAGCAUUUGACGGUGGCCAUCGAUGGGGUCAUAUGACGACCAAUCUCGCGGAAUGCAUUAAUUCUGUUUUAAAAGGUAGCGAGGCUUAUGCACGUAAGAAUGUUGGACAUUUGUUGUCAAAAAAUAUAACAAGCCGUCUUCAAUCAAACGAGCAUGGCUCAAGAAACCUUCGUGUGACUCAGUUUGAUAGAUGCAAUGAGGCUUUUGAUGUGCAAGAUUUAUCAAACACUGAGGAAUAUCGAGUUCAUCUGAGACAAAAUUAUUGUGAUUGUGGAAACUUGCAAACUGAUAGAUAUCCAUGUCGCCACGUGAUUGCUGCCUGUUGUAGUCAAAAUAUUGAUUGGCGUGCUUAUGUGAAUGAAGUCUAUACGAUCAAUGAAGUAUGCAAUGUAUACAAGAAAGAAUUUGGGAUUGUUGGAAAUGAAUCUAGGUGGUGCAAAUAUCGAGGUCCCAAGCUGUGUCCUAACCCUGCUUUAAAGUGUACUUUGAUAGGUCGUCUGAAAUCAACUUGUUUUUUGAAUGCAAUGGAUAUGCGACCAAUGAGGUGCCCACCACGUUGUAGUCUUUAUCGAGGAGAAAACCAUAGUCGUAAUCGUUGUCCUAAUGCUGCUGGCCCUAGUUCAUAG